CUUCAACAGUGCCUGGGACUUGACCCACGUGUAGGGGCCUCUAUCUAACGGACGAUAAACGCUCACCUCCACUCCACCUAUAGUGGGAAGUUAUGUACGAAAAACUAUUAACGUUACGUAUUUAGUACGUACAAACUUAUGUGCGCUCACAGACGCGAUCAUGUUGAAAACUUUGAACCGCUGUGCUGUAGUGAAAAAAUACACUCGCACUAUAAGUUCGAAGAUACAGGGAUAUGAUGAAGUCAAUAAAACAAACACACAAAAUGUGGCCGACUUUUACGCGGGAAAGUCGAUUUUCAUGACGGGUGGGACCGGGUUUGUAGGAAAGGUCCUUAUAGAGAGACUGCUUUUUAAUUGCAAUGACAUAGAUAAGGUGUAUGUUCUGAUAAGGGAGAAGAAAGGAGCGAGCAGUGACGAGCGCCUCAAACAGAUGUUUGACGUACCGCUUUUUGAUAGACUGAAGCAAGAAAAGCCGCAGGCUAUGAAUAAAGUCGUGCCAAUCGGGGGCGACCUCUCCCAGCACGACCUGGCCAUCAGACCUGAGGACCUGGAACAGUUGGUUGAGAAGGUGUCUGUCGUCUUUCACUCCGCCGCCACCGUCAGAUUCAAUGAAAAAAUCGAAGAAACGAUGAAAGUGAAUUACGGCGGAACGAAAAAAGUCAUAGAGCUGACGAAGAAGAUGAGGAAUCUGGAUACGUUUCUCUACAUCUCCACGGCGUUCUCGAACAUGCACCACAUGAUAGUAGACGAGAAGCUCUACCCGCCGCCGAGGACGGAGCAGGAGGUGUGGGACUUCAUGAAGAGCAGCGACAGGAGCGCGGGCCGCUUCAGGAAGUUCCUGGGCGAAUAUCAAAAUCCCUAUACGAUGUCCAAAUGUCUUUGCGAGAACCUCGUCUCACAAGAAAAGGGCGACGCCAAGACGGUGAUCGUGCGGCCAUCUAUCGUCGGUCCUUGUCUGUCAUCGCCAUUGCCCGGCUGGUUGGACACUUGGAUAGCCAACACCGCCUUGUUCAGCGACAUCUCGCGGGGGAUGACGCGGGUCUUCUACGGGGACAGCUCCGCGGUCUGCGACAUGAUCCCCGUUGAUUACGUCUCCAACUUCAUCAUCAUCGCAGCAGCCAAAGGCGCCAGCAACAAGGAAUUGAAUGUUUACAACAUAUGCAGCAGUUCAGUGAACCCCAUCAGCUGGAAAGCUGCCGCAGACCUGUACCUCGAGGAGAGUCUGAAGCAUCCCAGAUUCCCUGGUCAACUGAAGCCCACUAAGGCUUUGACCUUUAGAUCUCCCUUCCUCGUGGACAGUUUGACCUUCGCCCUCCAAACAGUACCAGCUGCUGUCGCGGACUUGUAUUUGAAGAUAAAGGGGGAAAAACCGAGACAUUUACACGAACAGAAGCGAGCUGUUCUGCUCAGGGACAUACUGAGGCAGUUCUCGUCACCGGCGCUGUUCAUAAGGUCUGACAGGUCCAGGAGACUGAUAUCAGGACUGAGCGAGGAGGACCAGCUGCGGUACCCCUGCGACGCUGGCGCCAUAGACUGGAGGGAGUACCUGAGGAUACUGUACAGCGGGGUGCAGAAGUACAUGUUUAAGAGAAAUAUUUGACACACACACACACACACACACAUAAGAAAAAUAAUUACAACAACCAAAACGGUCUUUUAAUUUAAAAAAAAUCUCAAUAAUAUUAACAAAUCAUUAAAAUCUUAAAAUAUUUAUAUAAUAAAAUAGAUUUAUUCCGUCGUAGACCUCGUGUGAGUCACGACGAUAUAUCAGACCUCAAAGAUAAUUAGUUAUAAGUAUAAAGGUACAUAAACUUAAAAUUAGAUCUUCAGAGAUCUGUUCCGAUAAGUCUUUAUCCGACAGUGUGUGCAAAGGAGGGUCAUGUUUUUCCGUAUGUCUGUACAUCCCCGUAUGCGUGAAUGCGAAACGUCUUAAGUACAAACAUAAUCACAUUAAAAUCAUUCUCUUACAAUACAAUGUGUUUAUUUGAAAGGCAAAUUUUUAAUACGAUUUAGAGAACUACGUAUUUCGGUAUCCUUAUUCCGAGUCACCCUCGUCACUGC